AUUUAUGUAGCUUGUUAUAUUCUUCUAUCAGAUGCACUCAUGGGGCGGAGGAUCCAAACUGUUAAAUCCAAACAAAUCUGCAAAGUGUAUUACCCUUCUACAUGGGAAGUUAUACAGUGGAUGCCAGGAUAAUAGCAUUCAGGAGAUUGAUUUAGCCACCGGAACACUUAAUACAAUUCAAAGUGGCUCGAGGAAAUUACUGGGGAAAGCAAAUCCCAUCCACGCAUUGAACAUUCGUGAUGGGUUGCUAUAUUCGGCUAGCUCUUCCUUGAAUGGAGCAGCUGUAAAGAUAUGGAAUGCUUCAAAUUACAGUAUGGUUGGAUCACUACCAUUGACAUUGGAGGUGAGGGCCAUGGCGGUAAGCUCAGAGCUGAUAUAUUUAGGCUGCAAGGGAGGGACGGUGGAAGUUUGGUGUAGAAAGAAGCAUAAUAGAGUAGAUAUGCUACAAACCGGUUCGAAUGGUAGAGUUCUUUGCAUGGCCCUUGAUGCCGAUGAAGAAGUCUUGGUUAUCGGAACAUCUGAUGGUAAAAUUCAGGUAAAAUGUUCCUUUCAUCUCAAUAUUCCUAGCGGAAAAUAUUAUGUAAAAGACACUGUUUCAACAUCGGCUGGUUUAGCAAUUGGUUUUUUGUUGACUUUUUCCGUUUUUAGUCAACUUUUCAAAAACAUUUCCAAAAUACAUUUCACUUUUAAGUCCUACUAGACUAGAAGACCCUAAAUAUUAAAAAGAAGAAAUUUUGAAAAAAUCCAUCACAUUUCUUGUCUUUAGUGUUUUU